UUUAUGCAUUUUUAUAAUACUGUAAAUACAAUUAUUUGUAUGACAAACAGAAACGGCAGAGAGAAGUGAUGCCUCAGCAGCACAUAUCACAACUGCCGAGAUUAGGGACACUGGUGUCCAGUUUGGACGGCCAUCAGAGAGUGAACCUUCACUGUCGGGUUGUGGUGUUAGGAGCGGCCAAAGUGGGCAAAACAGCAAUCGUCGAGCAAUUCCUUUACGACGCCUUCCCUGUCCUCCACUCAGCGACUGUCGAGCAGUUAUAUAGAGCCGAAUAUCAGGUCCGCGGAACCGGUUCGCUAACAUUAGACAUAUUGGACACGAGUGGGUCAUAUGAAUUCCCAGCGAUGAGACAAUUGGCCAUAAAAUCGGGCGACGCUUUCAUUUUAGUAUUUUCUGUCGACGACUCGGAGACCUUCGAAGAGGUCCGACGGCUCAGGGAAUUGAUAUUAGAGAUAAAGAGUUCGGACAACAACGACAUCCAACCGGUGAUCCCAAUCUGUGUCGUCGGCAAUAAAAGUGAUUUCGACGAUAAAAGAGUCAUAAGAAAGGAAGUGGCGGAAAGUGUGAUAUGUCUGGAUUGGGAGAACGGAUACGUGGAGUGUUCGGCCAAAGAGAACAAGAAUGUGGUGAAAAUAUUCCAGGAGCUGAUGAUUCAGGCGAAAGUGCCUUACGAUGUCGGGCCCGCCAUCGCCAAUGGGAAGCCAAGGAGAAGCUCUUUACCCGAAUGUCCCACAAGUCCUGUCAGUAAAGACAAAGGAAUGCCUAAACGAAACAGUUGUGCCGUCUCUUAAACAAGUCAUCGCCAGAAAACCGGAACCGAAGUACGCGACCAUCGGAUCGACAGAAACACGAUAUAAAACCAACUCAUUUGACUCUCGACUCUCAUUUAAAAUGAUAUUAGAUUUUAGCCAUCAUUUAUAUAGCGAUCUAUUUAUUGAUACAUUGAUAGCCAGUAACCAAACGAAUAUUACAAUUGACGAAAAAAGAAGUCUCACUUUUUAUGUUUGUUUCGCUUUGGAAUCGAUAAUCCAUUUCAUUUGUGUGAAUAGAAAUGUAUAAUUCAUUCAUUAAACAUAAUAAAUACAACAAAAUAAAAAUACAUGCUUUACUACACACA